AUGGGGUGUGGUCUGUCAAGUGAGCGUCAUGAGCGGGUGAAGGUGACGCAGAUGCCCGGCUGUUUCAUGGCCACCUACCAGCUACAGCCCAACUACGCCUACAGCCAGGGCCACGCCCUCUAUGUGGAGGACCACAAGCAGGUGGAGGUUCUGCCCCGCCCCUCCCCGCCCCCCACCAACAAGGGCGACAUCUUCCACAUAGACAAGUACAGAGUCUUGGACAAACGCGCUGACAAGGCCCCCAGCAAGUACCUCCGAGAGCCGUACUCCGCCCUGAUGGGCUAUCUCCUCACGGGAGUCUACGACGACCUCAGCAAGAUCCGCGUCAUCUACCGCUGGGUCACCUCGCUCAAGAUGGAGAGGAUCCUGCUGCCCAAAGUGGAGCCGCCCGCCACCACGCCACUGUUUCAGAUCUGGAGGAUCAAGAACCGGAAGGGGAACUACGCGCAGCUCAUCAGUAUUCUCUGCAGACUGGCGAACAUCCCGUGCGCCAUCAUCCACGGUCGCCUGAAGGGCUCCACCUAUGACGUGGGUCAGAAGGUGCACGACAGACUGCACUACGGGGAGUGGAACGCCGUGCUUAUAGACAGCUACUGGAGACUGCUCAACGCUUACUGGGGCGCGUGUGCUAUUGGCAGUGAAGGCAGCGACGACUGGCUGGAGAUUGACGACGGCGGAGAGGACGAGUCAGAGAAGAAAGCGGACGGCAAGUUCGCCACCAAGGAGUAUGUCUACGUGUGUGAUGAGAACUAUUUCCUCACAGACCCCCGCCAGCUCAUCACCACACACCUACCCUUCUCCAAAGAGUGGCAACUGCUCAGCGAGCCCAUCACCCUGGAGAGAUUCGAGCGUAUGGCUUUUCUCAAAGACAGGUUCUUUAAUCUGGGUAUGUCCGUCAUCACACAUUCUGAUUGUGUCAUCGGCUCGCAGUCGGGGGAGGUCGAGAUUUGUUUCGGAAUGCCGCCCGACGCCGCUCGCUACUACAAGUUUUACUAUCUCCUUUUCCGACAAGAAAAUAAAGACACAGGAGGCGUUUCCCCGAAGUAUGAUCGCUACGUAUUCAUGCACCGACCGAAAAAAGACGAACUCACCAUUCGGAUACGCUCGCCAGUCACCGGGACUUUCCGGCUAGAACUCGUGGGCAGAGAUACUCGCAUCAAGGACCCGACUUACGACUACGACUGGAUCGCUCUGUACAAGAUUCGAUUCUUCAAGGCCAAGGACAAAUGUCUUCCUUUCCCAAACAUGCCGGACCUGGGCUGGGGUCCGGGCCAAUACGCCACACAGCUGGGUCUGUCGGCCUUGUCACAUUGCUCGGGGGAGGUGAAGGCUUCGUGGUGCGGGGAGGCGGAGAUCAGUUUUGAGGUGUGCGACUACAACCGUAUGGGCAACCCCAUGUUCUACGGACGCCUCAGCCGCUCGGGCACCAAGGAGGAGAGGCUGAAGGACCGCGUGGUGCACCGUGUAGAGAACGGGCGCGUCAUCUUUAACGUGAAGCUGCCCAAGAGAGGGGAGUACAGCCUGUCUCUGGACGGCACGAGCGGGAAAAAACCAACGCCCAGGAACUUCGCCAACUACAUGGUGGUGUCCGACCAGAGGCCCAGCCAGGCGGGAUAUCCCAGGGGCUUUGACGAGGGCAUUGGGAAAAAGCCUGCUUGUGAUAGGUUCGACAUUGUACCCAUAAGCCACAAAUCAGGACUGAUCUAUGUGAAACAAGACGAGUUUGAACUCUGCUUCAAGACUCCACUAGGCACAGAGCUCUCGCUGUCUGUCAUUGGUUCUGACGUCAUGGUAUCGGACUCGCGGCGACUCGUGUCUGAGACAGUGGAAGGCGACAUGAUGAAAUACAAGAUUCGAUUACCCAAGGAAGGAACGUAUGGAUUGAAGGUGGGUUUGACAGUGAGACGCGACCUACUUGGCGCCAUAAGGGACCGUGCCCUGGAUGAACUGGUCAACGCCAUCACUCUGGUGAAGGAGAGAGGCUAUGAGCACAGGAUGGUCAGUGAGCUGAGGGAGGCCACCAAGAUGAUGGAGAGACUGCAGCAUAUCCAAGACCUGCUGCAUGAUGUACAGACAAUGAGCCAGAAGACUAUCACAGAAAUCCGCGGCUACUCCAGCCCUCCCCCCGCCGUACACAGAGUCAUGAUGGCUACCUUACUGUUGCUGGGGCAUUUUGAGGAGGAGACUCAGGUAUGUCUGUCUGACUGGCUCAAACUCCAAGCCAUCAUCGGCAAGACGGGCCGAGACUCCAUCAAAAAACGCUGUGAAGAACUCAACCUUGACGACGUGCCUCUGGACAUAGCCCUGGGCGCCCGGCAUCUGCUCAAAGACUACACGCUUGACCAGUGCCGGAUGGUCAGUUCAGGGGCUGCCACCUUUUACGUCUGGGCCAAAUGUAUCAUUGAUGAGAUCUCCAAGAGAUACGCCGAGGAAGUCGCGCACACAAGACCCAGAACUAGUCGGUCCAGACGAGGAAAUCGACAAAAUGAGUAG